AUCGGUAAAAAAAUUAAUCGGUAAAAUCAGUGACCAGUAACCACCAAUGUAUUCGGCGGCAGAGAAUGGCCAGUACGGCACCGAUGAAUACGAGGGACAGGGUUUCGGCACAUCGUUCAGUACUAAAGCCAUUAGACUAGCUUUCAUCCGCAAAGUCUAUGGCAUACUAUCGGUUCAAUUGAUUAUAUCGUUGGGAUUUAUUUGUGUAUUUGCUAUACCGGAGGGUAUGCGACAAUGGUCACACCAGAAUCUAUGGGUAGUAUGGGUUGCAUUUGGCGUAACAUUGGUAACCAUGAUGGUUCUGGCCUGUUGCGGGGAACUCCGUCGCCAAACACCACACAAUUACAUUGCAUUGAUGAUAUUUACUGUGGCCGAAUCCUUCCUCCUGGGUGUCAUAUCGUCCAUCUAUCAAUACCAGAUUGUAUUGGCCGCUGUAGGCAUCACAGCCGUAGUAUGUCUGGCCCUGACAUUGUUUGCCUUUCAAACCAAAAUCGACUUUACCGUCUAUAAUGGGAUACUGUUUGUCGGCGUUAUUAUCCUAAUGUUGUUCGGGUUUGUCCUAAUGUUUUGGCGCUCACAGGUCGCCCAUCUGGUCUACUCAUGUCUCGGUGCUCUACUAUUUUCGGCGUAUCUGGUAGUUGACACCCAGAUGAUAGUUGGCGGCACCCAUAAUGUACAGGUGUCGUCCGAGGAGUAUAUAUUUGCAGCCCUAACCCUAUACAUCGAUAUUGUUCAGCUAUUUCUACAUAUAUUGAAUAUCAUCGCCUCCUCAAGUCGCAAUUAAAUAGAUAUAUAUAGACGCCUCCCAGUGUAAACUACUAACCCCUCACUUAUCUCCCGCACCCACCCCACCCCUAAUAAGAUACUGUAUUUAUUCAAUAUUAUAUAUUAUAUAUUUGAGUGCAAACAUCA